AUGACCGAUACGAAUUAUGAUGAUGAUUUAUUACCAGUAGGUGUUGCUUCUCUAUCAGAUUAUACACCAAAUAAACUACAUAUUCUAUUAACAUUACCAAUGCCUAUUGAUAUUGAAGCAUCUCAAGAAAUACUACCAGUUAAAACUGACAAUUCUUUUCCAGUACAACGAAGACAAUCAGCUAAACCUAAAUCAUCAUCAAGAAAGUCAGAUUUUAUUCGAUGUCUUAUGCCAAUAGCUCGUAUGCGUUCGUUAUCAGUUCCUAGUGAACAAGAUGGAUACCAUCAAAAACCAAUACCAAUUAGAUCUGUUCGUGCUUGUGAUAUGCGUCUGUUUAUAACUAGACAUGGUGAACGUGUUGACCGCUAUUUUGGAUCUAAUUGGUAUAUGUUAGCAUUCAAUCAACAGAAUCAAUAUCGACCUUAUCAUCGAAAUUUACCACCACAAUUACCAGCUCGAGCAAAUAAAUAUUUUUGGGCACUUGACACACCAUUAACAGUAGCUGGUUUAAAUGCUGCCAAGAGACUUGGUCGAGCAUUAGGUGCAAAAUAUUAUAUACCUACUUAUGUUUAUUCAUCACCAGCAAUGCGUUGUAUACUAACAACAAUUCAAAUUUUAAAAGGACUUGGAUUAGAACAUAAAAUACCUAUACGCAUUGAACCCGGUCUAUUAGAGUUAGGUGCUGCGAGAUAUGGUAUGAAUAUAUUUUUUCAAUCAAUUGAUUGGUAUAAAUUUGGUGUUAAUAUUGAUCUAUCAUAUCAACCGAUUGUUAGACACAUACCUCCAAUCGAACAUGAAAAUACAUAUUAUCUUCGUUCGAAACAUGUUAUACGUGAAAUUGAGAAACUUCAUAAUAAUUCUAAAGAACAAUCAACGAAUAUUCUUAUUGUUGCUCAUGCAACAUCAUCAGAAACUUUAACAUGGGAUUUAAUCGGAAAACAACCGAAUGUAAAUGAUUUAUAUAAAGUUUCACUAAAUGUUGCUUAUUUACAAACGGUUAUAACUGAACGUAGACAAGAAAAUAAAUCUUGGUCAUUAAAAGCGAUGCGAUGGGCUUAA